GUCGGGGCUUAGGCUCAGCACAAUGGUGUGAAAGGUUGGCAGAUAGGGUGGUGCUUAACAUCAUAGAAUCUAGUCAUGGGGAUAAGGAUCAAUCGACAGGGUUGGAGAUGUUUCAUGAGACUCUAAUGGAAGAGUACAAAUUUACCCCAACGUUAAGAUCCAAGUGGAAUAAUGUUAAUAAGAAAUGUAGUAUUCAAAUUUACCUCCCAUCCCAUCUUUUUGCUGAGUAG